GGGAGGAGGCGGUGGGGGCAUCAUUGAAGUUUUCCAGUUAGCUCAACCACACUGACAUAUGUCCGGCAAGUGAUUUAUUUUACAUCUUUUACCUUCACUGUCGAGUACUUUCUGCUCCCCGAUGACUACCUCCAUCUCCACCUGGUUCUGGAGUGACAGAUUUUGGCUUCCCGAAAAUGUGUCGUGGGCGGACCUGGAGCAUCCGCCACCUGGUGUGGAGUAUCCCCGGCUGGGAGACCUCGUGUGUGUCCUGCCUCUGGCUGUGGGAGUUUUUCUACUCAGAAAGCUGUUCGAGAGGCUAGUGGCCAAGCCCUGUGCCCACAUACUUCAGAUUGAGGCAGGAGUGCCUCGGCGAGCUCAGCCCAACGCUGUCCUGGAGAGGCUCUAUCAGUCCAAAACGAGCCCAGACACGAGGCAACUAGAGGGACUCUCCAAGCAGCUGGACUGGGAUGUGCGCAAAAUCCAGAGAUGGUUUCGCAUCCGUCGGAACCAGGACAGGCCCAGUCUGCAGAAAAAGUUCUGUGAGAGCAUGUGGCGCUUCACAUUUUACCUGCUGACCUUUCUCUAUUCCAUGUACCAUUUAUGGAUGUCACCUUGGAUGUGGGAUACCAGGCAUUGCUGGUAUAACUACCCUUUCCAGUCUUUGGUCCCUGGGCAGUACAACCACUAUGUAGCAGAGCUGGCUUUCUAUUGGUCUCUGAUGUUUUCCCAGUUCAUAGACAUUAAGCGUAAGGAUUUCAUCAUCAUGCUUGUCCACCACCUGGCCACCAUAAUCCUCAUCACUUUCUCCUACGCCAACAACAUGGUUAGAGCCGGCACUUUAGUCAUGUGUGUUCACGAUGCGUCUGACAUCUUCCUUGAGGCAGCCAAGCUGGCCAACUACGCCAAGUACCAAAGGCUAUGUGAUGGCCUGUUUGUGGUUUUCAGCAUAAGCUUUUUCUUCACUCGACUUGUCAUCUUUCCUUUCUGGAUUGUUUACAGUGUUCUGUUUGAGAGCUGGGAGAUUGCUGGUCCAUAUCAGGCCUGGUGGCUGUUUAACGGCUUGCUGCUGGUCCUGCAGACUCUUCACAUCAUCUGGUUCUACCUCAUCGCUCGCAUUGCUAUCAAGGCCAUAUUCAAGGGGAAGGUGUCCAAAGAUGACCGCAGUGACAUAGAGAGCAGCUCAGAUGAGGAGAAUCAUUCCAGUUACAAUAAAACCAGCCUAAAACCAAAGAACUUCAAUCACAGCAGUGGCCUUAAUGGAGAAACUCAUGACCACUGA